GCCGGCAAGACCACGCCAUUUGGUAGCGAGACCGAUGCCUCCUCAGCCGGCACAACCAAGUCACUUGAUGGUGAGGCCGAUGCCUCCUCAUCCUCUGCCGGCACGGCCAUGUCACUCAGUAGCGAGUUAAACGACCCCUGGCUACCAAACGGGCACCAAUUCUGGAUACCGUCUACCAUCGCCUGUGGGGCAAACUCUGAAUAUGAUAAUGGUGCAUAUGAUGACGUUGGCGGGGGAAGUUCUACAAACUCCAGGGGUUGAGGACACGGAGUUGGCCCCUCGUCUUUUGGCCCCAGAUGAAAUGGAAUCUCAUCCUGGGGUCCACCACCGAACCAUGGGCCGGAAGGAAGCUGGGUCAUGACAAGGCGUCCAGGAGUCGGGUUUGGCUCCCCGCGUGUUAUUGCGCGAAAAGAACCAUCUUGGUUCCUGUGUCCGUCACCGCACAGUUCACUGUCGAGAUCGCUUUGUGUCUGCCAUUCAGAAUUGUGCGAGGAAUGGGAUUGAGGAGCCGGGGGUGGCAUCCAGGUGUUUGUUGGUGUGGGUUGAACACCGUAUCCGUUCCCGUGUCCCUCACCGGGAGAAGAUUGCAGCGAGUUUGGCUCAGUACCGCCCGCAGAUGGUUGCCAAUGGGUACUUUGCAGGACAUGGGUUGCAGGGACAGGAGCCAUGGCUGCGUCCCCACGAAGCUCCCAAGAGCCAUUCGAGGUGGGAGAUGCAGAGUAGGGACUGUUAUAAGCCACGGCCGGGUUGCCAGGAAGCUCCCCAGAGCCAUUAGAAGUGGGAGAUGCGGAGUAGGGACUGUUAUAAGCCAUGGACGGGUUGUCAGAAAGCCCCCCAGAACUGCUUGAGGCGGAAAAUGGAGAGUAGGGACUGAUAUAAGGCAUGGCCGGGUUGCCAGG